AUGGAAUCACAUAAACAACUACAAGAUGCGGGAUAUGAUGUUCAAUCAUUUGGUACUGGAUCUGCGGUUAGAUUACCAGGACCUUCAAUAGAUAAACCUAAUGUAUAUGAUUUCGGUACUCCAUACCAAGAGAUAUAUGAUGAUUUAAUCUCUCAGAAAUGUAAGAAAAUGUAUGAAGCAAAUGGUUUAAUUCAUAUGUUGGAUAGAAAUCGUAAAGUUAAAUCAGCUCCUGAAAAAUGGCAUACAAAUUCUUAUGCUGGGAAAUUUGAUUUGAUUAUAACUUGUGAAGAAAGAUGUUUUGAUAGUGUGAUUGAUGAUUUGAUGUUUAGAAUGUAUAGCAAUGAAGAUAUGAAUGAUGUUAGAAGAAUUGUUCAUGUAAUAAAUGUUGAUAUUAAAGAUGAUAAUGAAAAUGCUAUAAUUGGUGGUAAAGGGAUAUUAAAAUUAGUUAAUAUGAUUCAUGAUUUUAGAAAGAAAAAGAAAUCCGAAGAUUAUGAAGAUGACUCUGAUGUUAUAUUGGAAGAUCAAAUGAUGAGUAUCUUAACAGAAUGGCAAAAAGAUCAUACUCAUUUACCAACAAUAUAUGGUGUAUCAUAUUAUUAG